AGAGUGAAUGCGCACAUCUUUACGACAUAUUUGGAGUGGCGGACGGGGGCGGUUACAGAUUCCCGGAGUGAGGAGCCCGUUCGCAUUUCACCGGUGGUAGAAAACAAUGGAGACAGAAAUUGAACAGCAGGAGGGAGAGACUACGUUCAGCAACACUGACACUAACGGAAAACGCCCUGCUGAGGACAUGGAUGAGGAACAGGCCUUCAAGCGGUCUCGCAACACAGAUGAAAUGGUGGAGCUUCGUGUGCUACUGCAAAGCAAGAAUGCAGGAGCUGUAAUCGGCAAAGGUGGCAAGAACAUUAAAGCCUUGCGUACAGACUACAAUGCCAGUGUAUCAGUCCCUGACAGCAGUGGCCCAGAGCGCAUCUUGAGCGUUAGUGCAGAUAUCGAAACCAUCGGUGAAAUUCUCCUCAAGAUCAUCCCUACUUUGGAGGAGUACCAGCAUUACAAUGGCAUCGACUUUGACUGUGAGCUUCGCCUACUUAUCCACCAGAGUCUGGCGGGAGGUAUCAUUGGGGUCAAAGGUGCCAAAAUUAAGGAGCUUAGGGAGAACACCCAGACCACAAUCAAGCUCUUUCAGGAAUGUUGUCCUCAUUCCACCGAUCGUGUGGUUCUGGUGGGGGGGAAACCGGAGCGAGUGGUGGAGUGCAUCAAAGUCAUCCUGGAGCUGACUUCUGAGGCCCCGAUUAAGGGUCGUGCCCAGCCCUACGACCCCAACUUCUAUGACGAGACCUAUGACUAUGGUGGCUUCACUAUGAUGUUCGAGGAGCGUGGGCGCAGGCCCAUGGGCGGGUUCCCCAUGCGCGGCCGCGGAGGUUUCGAGCGGAUGCCGCCAGGCGGCCGUGGAGGUCGCCCCAUGCCCCCCUCCAGGAGGGACUAUGACGACAUGAGCCCCCGCCGCGGUCCACCACCUCCACCACCUGGCAGGGGAGGACGCGGGGGCAGCAGGGCACGCAACUUGCCCCUUCCCCCACCGCCGCCACCUAGAGGGGGAGGUGACCGGUUUUCACACCAGAGCUAUCACGGCAAUAUGGAUGACAGACCAAACGACAGAAGAGGGCGGCCUGGAGAUCGCUAUGACAGCAUGAGUGGAGGCUAUGACAAUAAUUCUUCUUGGGAGCCCUUCCAGUCAGGUGGACGAGGAUCAUACAGUGACAUUGGGGGACCAGUCAUCACAACACAAGUCACCAUCCCUAAAGAUUUGGCUGGCUCCAUCAUUGGCAAAGGUGGGCAGAGGAUCAAGCAGAUCCGCCAUGAGUCUGGAGCCUCCAUCAAGAUUGACGAGCCUCUGGAGGGAUCUGAGGACCGCAUCAUCACAAUCACGGGCACACAGGAUCAGAUCCAGAAUGCACAGUACCUGCUGCAGAACAGCGUGAAGCAGUACUCCGGCCGCUUCUUCUAGACGACAACAGAAACCCCCAAGCCAAACUGCCAUGAGCCCCCACACCCAAAUCCCACCCCCACUCCGGUUUCAGACCCGCUUCUUUUCAAAGCCGACAUUCCUCUCAGCCUCUCUGGGUAGAUGUGCCCCCCCUCUUCAUUUAUUUACUCAUUCAGUCAUCUUAUCGUUUUUAUUAAACAAAAGAAGCGAAAAAGUAAAAAAAAAAAAAAAUACUGCUAUGUGUAAAAUGUCUGGAUAUCUUUUAAAAGGCAGCAGAAUGAGUUAUUUUCUCUCUUUCUAGUAUGACUAUUUUGUUUUGGUUCCUCUUUGUCUUUCUGCUUGUAAUGUUGGAGGGAGCUCACCAGUUUGUCCAAGUUUGUUUUGGCCUUACCUGAGCUGCAUGCAGUGUUGGUUGCAACCAUGCAGAAUGUAAUCUUGUUUUGUAACAUUUUUAUUUAAAAAGAAAAAAAUAAAUGAAAUAGAAAUUUCUUUUUGCCAUUUUUUUUCCCCUUUCUUUUGGUUUUGAGUUGAAACAAAAGCGUUUCUUUUUUUUUUUUUUUUUUAAAUGUAAAUAUACAUGGAUUGUUUUGGUAAGAGUUUAAAUAUCAGUACAGUUUUUUUAUUUUGAAAAAUUUCCAUCUAUUAUUAAUUGGCUAAAGAGGGUGCGAGGGUAUAAUGGGGUGUAUUUUUCUGUCCUUUAUCGUUUUUCUAAAAACAAAAAAGAAAACCCCACCUGAUUCUCUAUGCUGUGUGAAGCCACUCUGACGACAAGAGUAUGUGGGGUGGGACAGACUGACCAUUUCUACUUCACAUCAAUGUUUGGGAUCCCUCUAGCUUUGAUGACGCUUGUGUUUUUGUACGUCUUGUUCGUAAGCAUUUUUAACAUUUUAGAUGGGGAUCUUACCAGGCACUAGUCAAGAUUGGGGGCGGAAACAAAAAGACGAAGCUUUUCUAUGUAGCUGCGUAGCAUGUCCCCCCCCACACCCCUCGUCCUCUUACUCAUGUCCGUCUCGGUCUCUUAAUCGCUCUCUUUGCCCCUCUGGUCUCUGUAGAAUGUGCUGCAAGUGUUGAGUAAUAAAGUCUGUGCCACCUUUUACUAAUA